AUGUCUCCGAACAGCCCAUCUGCCUCAGCGAUGCACCCGUUUAUCUUAGUGGAUGGAGUCACCAACUUCCGCGAUAUCGGAGGCUAUGCAUGUCAACCUUCCACCACCGCAUUGUCCCCUUCAAGCCGGGCCGUCUUUGAGGAUCCCGAAGAACAAUGGUGUAUUCGGCCAGGCUUCCUUUUCCGUGCAGCACAGCCAUCCCAAAUCACCCCGGCAGGGGUGGAGAUCUUGACGAAGAAACUGGCUAUUCAAGCCAUCUUUGACUUUCGCUCAGAGAGUGAGAUUCAGCUUGUGUCCAAACGCUAUCCCAACUCGCUCCUCAGUAUUCCGGGGACCACUCGCCACGCAGUGCCAGUAUUCCAAGCCGGCGACUACUCUCCAGUAUCACUGGCAAAACGAUAUGGAGUCAGUGCGGAUGACUCGACGCAGGGUCAGGAAAUCAGACCGGGAUUUGUCAAGGCCUACGAGGCCAUUGCGCGCAACGCGGCUCAAUCGGGCAGCUUCCGCGCUAUCAUGCAGCACAUUCUGCAGGAUUCGACAGGCCCGGUAUUGUUCCACUGCACCGUGGGCAAGGAUAGAACAGGGGUGUUUUCGGCUUUAAUUCUCAAGCUGUGCGGGGUGGCCGAUGAGGACAUCGUCGCCGAUUAUGCGCUCACAACGCAAGGAUUAGGCGUGUGGCGGGAGCAUUUGAUCCAGCGGCUUCUGCAGAGAGAGGAAGCUACAACUAGGGAGCAAGCUGAAGCUAUUAUUAGCAGUGACCCGAGAGACAUGAACGCCUUCCUGAGCGACGUAGUGGAAGCUAAGUUUGGAGGUGCGCGAAAGUAUUUUCUCGAUCUCUGCGGGCUGCAGGAGGAUGAAGUCGACCGCAUUAUCACCAAGCUCGUUGUACCAAAGACACUUGAAGAAAAAGCAGAUGGAAAGAAUAUAUAA